AUGCUCCGUAAGCUAGGCUACGAUAGAAUAGAAUGGAAUUUCCUUGAAGCCAUGCUCCGUAAGCUAGGCUUUGAAAAUUGGUGGACUAGGCGUCUAGUGAAAUGUGUUUCUUCAGCGUGCUAUACAGUGAUUCAUGGUAAACACGAAAUCGGCCCCAUCAUUCCUUCAAGAGGCAUUAGACAGGGAGAUCCAUUAUCCCCCUAUCUGUUUAUCCUAUGUGCUGAGGGCCUUUCAGCGAUCCUUCGACGAUACGAAGCACGUGGUUUACUACAUGGUUGCAAAGUUGCAAAUGGUGCCCCCCGAAUAUCGCAUAUGUUAUUUGCGGAUGACAGUUAUCUAUAUUGUAAGGCAACUAUGGAAGAAACUACAAGAGUACAAGAGGUGUUGAGCAAAUUUGAAGAGGCUUCAGGUCAGAAAGUUAACUACUCUAAGUCCUCUAUUUUUUUCAGCACUAACACAACCUUGUCAACUCGUAACAAUAUUAGCCAAAGGCUCGGCAUGACUAUAGCAGGGACGAAUAGUCUAUAUCUUGGACUUCCUAGCACCAUAUCUUGCAACAAGACAGAUGUUUUUGGUUACUUAAAGGAGCGAGUUCGAAAACGAAUUGAAGGUUGGGAAGCAAAAUUCCUUUCUCGGGCAGGGAAAGAGAUUUUAAUAAAAACUGUGGCUCAGUCUCUACCAAGCUAUGCUAUGAGCGUGUUCCUAAUUCCAAUCGACAUUACUCGGGAGAUGGAGAAAAUUAUGACAAAGUUUUGGUGGCAAUCUUCUAACAAGUCAGGGAAAGGGAUCCAUUGGCUUUCUUGGGACCGACUGUGUAUUCACAAGAAAAUAGGGGGUAUGGGUUUUCGUCACCUUCGUGAUUUUAAUUUGUCUCUUCUUGGCAAGCAAGGUUGGCGACUACUAGUGCAACCCGACUCUCUCGUGGCCAAGAUUUUUAAAGCUCGUUACUACCCCAACAACUCUUAUCUUGAUGCCUCUCUAGGUAACAAUCCUAGUUUUGUUUGGCGUAGUGUAUGGGAAGCUCAACAACUUGUAAGGAAAGGGCUUCGUUGGUGUGUAGGGGAUGGAACCGAAAUCAAUGUUCUUAACGAACCAUGGCUGCCUUAUUCUGAUAAUCCUUAUGUCUCUACCUCUCAUCCUAGUUUAAUUGAUGCUAAAGUCCAUAGCCUAAUGAAGAUGAAUGACACAGGUUGGGAUAUGGAAAUUUUAGAAGAUUUAUUUGAGGAAAGAGAUAGAAGAUUGAUAGUGCAAAUUCCCUUGCAACAUUCGGCUACUAAAGAUACAUUGACAUGGGCAUAUGAAGCUUCGGGUAUAUACUCAGUCAAAAGUGCCUACAAGCUCCUCCAACAAGUUAAUGGUAGAUGGGAUAAUGAUGUAGAUGCUGCAUCAACUUUCUGGGCUACUAUGUGGCGUCUAAAAAUCCCUCCUAAAGUGAAGAAUACUCUAUGGCGUGCGGGUAAGAACUGCCUUCCUACUCUUUGUAUGCUGCAAACGAAGAGAGUUAAUGUUAACUCUCUCUGCCCGAUUUGUAGAGAGGAAGAAGAGACUAUAUUACAUGCCUUGGUCACUUGCUCACACAUAAAACCGGUUUGGGAUCGAGUUGGGAUUGGUACAAAUAUCACUCCCGAUAUCACUCUUUUCGAUCGGGUGGUAAAUGCUGAUGGAAUUGUAGUGUUAGCUAGAGGUUAUCUUGAUCAAUGGACAAAUGCUCAAAGCACUCUCAUUGAGUCAUCAUGGUCUGGUUUUCAGACGGGUGAUGGGGUUGAGCAAUGGUCCGCUCCGAGUGAAAAUAGUAUCAAGAUCAAUGUUGACGCUGCUCUUUUUGAGGAUGGAACCAGCCACGGGAUCGGUAUGGUAGCUCGCGACCAUCAUGGUUUCCUAAUCGAAGGCCGAACUGAACACUUCCAAGGGGCUGCUACUCCGGAAGUCACUGAAGCAAUCGGGGUCCGAGAAGCCUUGAGUUGGAUUAAGAAGAAAAACUGGCAGCAAGCUAGUAUUGAAACAGAUUGUCUCAUGGUGGUUCAAGCACUUCGAAGUUCAAUUAAAAUGCUAUCUUUGUUUGGACAAAUCAUUGAUGAGUGUAAACGACUCUCCUCGGAACUAAAGCAUGUUUCUAUUUUCUUUGUUAAACGAUCAGCUAAUGUGGUAGCUCACAACUUUGCACGAGCUUCUAUAUUAUUUCCUGGUUGUCUUUUUGGUAUGGAGUCUGUUCCUACCGAUUUGUUACAUUGUCUUGUAACUGAGAUUGUUGGUUAA